AAAAAAUGCUCUCACUAUGAACACCAGGCGAAGGCGUAAGUCGGUUGGCAGUUUCGAUCGAGAGGCCAAUGGAUCAGGGCAACAAGAAAACCUGCACAACAAUGGCUGGGCAUUAUUGGCCAUCGCAGUACCGUAGAUAGACCAUUAUGCGAAUUUAACACGAUCGAAAGCGUCGAUGAUGAGUGAACUUUGCUGAGCGCCAUAAUAUUUCUUUUCUUCCUUUUCUGUUUGCAUGGUGGACAUGAUCGAGGAGUUUUUAGAAAAAAGAGCGAGAAGCUCAUGCUUGAUGGUUUUCUCCCGACGCCACUUUCGUUUCCAUCCAGUUCGAGAGUGAUGGGAUAGUAGUCGCCUGAGGUUUUAACUUAACACUCGCUCCGUAUAAUCACGACGCGACAGGUAUCCUGAAAGCAGAAUUUGAAGCAGGGGCCUCACUUCGUACCAGAAGGAACUGCGAGUGAAGAUUUCGUGAUUUGAGAGUUUCCGGGAGUGAGCAAGUAUUGGACGUUUCUGAACCAGUUUUGAGGGACAGAAGUUUGAUUCGGACGCGAUUUCAGGACCGGAUUUGUAGCUUUAGACUGCAGAGUUUCUUCCAGACCCAUGAUCACCCUACUGCCUCACUACAGGUCACAGUAUCUCAGAGUUCCUCAUCUGUACGCCUUGUCUCGAGCUGGUAUCAGCGGCAACAUCGUGCGCACUUGCAUUCUUCCUGCUGCUAAUGGUAGAACGAUGAGCUUGUCUGCCUCUGUUGGAUGCAGCGCAUAUCGUAGUGCAAGUGCUUUGGAGGGAAGCGUUGUGGAUGAAGUGAAAAUGUCGGAGGUUUCCACACAGGAGGCCAAGGUGACCACGAGAAGUAAAACGAAACCAGCUGUAGAGGUGGAAGGGUUUUCCGUAGAAGGGAUAUCUAUCGGUGGGCACGAGACAUGUAUCAUGAUUCCAUCCAUCAAAGUCGCCUUUGACAUCGGUCGCUGUCCACAGCGUGCCAUUUCUCACGAUUUUCUUUUUAUAUCCCACGGUCACAUGGAUCACAUUGGUGGAAUUGCCAUGUACGUGGCAACAAGAGGACUCUACAAGAUGAAGCCCCCGACUGUCAUUGUUCCGAAAUGCAUCAAAGCUACCGUGGAGAAACUGCUGGCAGUUUACAGGGAGUUGGAUGGAUCUGAGCUUGCAGUCAAUCUCAUAGGCAUGGAUGUCGGUGAGGAGUAUGAUAUGGGCAAAAAUCUCGUGGUUAAAGCUUUCAAGACUUAUCAUGUUGUGCCCAGUCAGGGUUACCUAGUGUAUGCUGUGAAGAAAAAGCUGAAGCCGGAAUACUUGAAGCUCUCGGGGCCGGAAAUCAAAGACUUGAAAAUGUCUGGAGUUGAGAUCACAGACAUCUCUAGAUCCCCUGAGGUGGCUUUUACUGGGGACACCACUGCAGAAUUUAUUACCGAUCAGGCAAAUGUGGAUGUCAUGAAAGCAAAGCUACUAAUUAUGGAGGCAACUUUUCUUGACGAGAGUACUACUUUGAAUCAUGCUCGUGAUUGGGGUCAUACUCAUAUAUUUGAGAUUGCUGAGCUUGCCGAUCGGUUUGAGAACAAAGCCAUCCUUUUUAUCCACUUCUCUGCACGUUAUCAAAUAGAGGCCAUUUUCGCUGCCGUGAAGAAACUUCCCGAGACUUUACGGAGUAGGGUUACACCUUUCUUAGAAGGGUGGUGACUUGAGGAGUCACUGUCGUCCAGUUGUCGAUAUUGAAUCUGUAGCUACAAAUGUAACUCGAAAGCAUAUUACUAUCUAUAUUCUAGAGCCAAUUGCCAUUUUUUGCUGAUUGAGUCACUAUUAUGGUAUGACUUUGAGAUCAAUCCAUAACAUUUUGCAUGUGUGAGUAGCUCUGCAUCUUACCUUAGCGGGGCCUCUCAAGAGAGGUGCAUCGAUGUAGAUGUGUCGAAUAAUGCUACGUGGAUCCAAAUUAGACAACGUGCGUCGGGCUUGUCGAUAAGAAUUAAAUCCCCAACCACCUCGUGCAUCCAUGUAUCCUACAUCAGAGUAGAAAUGGGGCUGUAUUCUAAAGAGUACAGAAGGGUCUGUUCCGUGGUUCCUUUGUCUUGAAGGUGGUGGCCUUCUUUGGCCUUUUCCAUCCAUGCAGAUUAUCUGGAAGGUUGUGAUCCUAGAAAGUCGUGAUCC